AUGAGAGCUAUUGUAUUGCUGUGUCUGCUACAAGCAGCUCUUAUCCAAGCUGUUAGAUAUCCCUGGGGUGGACCUGGAAACACAGGAACUACCGAUCCCAACACAGAAAAUGUGUGUCUCACGGACCAGGCCUCGUGUGGAUGCUGUCUGAUGCAACAGCAGGUGCACAGGAUGAAGGAGUUCUUCAACAUGAGCCUCAGUGAGCUGGAGAAAGAGCUGACAAAAACAAAGACAGUCCUCAAUAAUGUCAGAGCCAGCCGCAGUGCCUUCUCUGUCGCCCUAACCAAUCAGGCUAAACUUGAAUGCUUUGGCCCCUUCCGCGACGACAAGCUAAUUCGUUACCAACAUGUCUUCAUCAACCUGGGAGAUGGCUACGAUCUAAACACAGGUAUCUUCACCGUUCCCCGCUCGGGGGUCUACAGCCUCGCCCUCACCGUCUACAGUGAUGCAGGUUCUCCUGGUAACAGCUUGGCAGCCUGCGCCGGCCUGCUGGUCAACGGGCAGGUGGUGGCAGGACCCAGAGAGAGAAAUAUGCAAGACCAAGAGGACAGCGCCACUAUUGUUUUGGCCGUCCACCUGAAGGCUGGGGACAAGGUGGCUGUCAACCUGCCUAUUGGAUGCUUCCUCUGUGAUGAUAGCAGCCAUUAUAACACUUUCACUGGUUUCCUGCUUUAUGCUACUGAUUAA